GAUCGCUGAAGAUCAGUCUGCUGGCGAAUCUCAAAGCUUAAGCAUCGAUUGCAUUAAAUUUUAAAGCGGCUUGUGAAAAGGUUUUAAAUAAAAUAAUGAAGCUUUUACAAGCUUUCUUGGUCGCAUUGAUCUUUAAGAUCUCUCUAGCUGCCCCCAAUAAUGAAACAGAGGCCAGAAGUUUUGUGACCAAAGCCAGUGAUCGUUAUUAUAAUCUCUAUAAUAAAAUAGCAGCUGAAACAUACUCCUCCAUAGAUGAUGAAGAUUUUGAAGAGAUUUUCAAAAAACUAAAUAAUGUCAAGACUAUUUCCCAAGAAUUGGUGGAGAUCUCUCAAGAUGCGGCCGAAUUUGAUUUGAGCAAAAUAAAAGAUCCUCAGCUUAAGAGAGCUUUACGUAAACUACGCAAAGUGGGCAAUCUUUUUGUUUUGGGAGAGGAUUACUUUUCUUCCUUCUUGUUGAAUUUAAACUCGCUGAAAAGUCUAUCAACCGAUAAGGAUAUUGAGCCGUAUUUGGGCGGCAUUAAUAUGCCGGAUCAAGACGAUAGUGCUAUCGCCUACUAUCCGGAUAUACAAAAGAUCUAUGAGACCAGCAAUGAUGCAAAUGAGCUGAAAUACUAUUGGGAGACUUGGAGAGAAAGAAACUCUAUAUGGGCAUCGGUAAACUUCUAUACCACCAUAGAGGGUAUACAAAAGGCAGCCGAGAUUUCAGAACAACCAGUUUUGGAAUUAUAUUAUAAUCAAUAUGAAAACAAAGACUUCCUGAAGGAAAUGGAAAAAGUUAUGGUAGAAAUAAUGCCAGCCUACAAAGAGUUACAUGCCUUCGUUCGUCACGAAUUGCAUAAGAAAUAUGGCAGUGAUGUUGUAGAUCCCAAUGGUCCCAUACCAGAUCAUUUAUUUGAGCAGGUGUUAUCGCAAGCCUGGAAGGAGGGCAGUGUUAUUGAAUCAUAUUUCCCCUUCAAAGAGUUACCUCCCUACGAUGGAUUCGUCAAGAAGUACGAUGCCAAAAAAGUGUUACAGGAAGCUCAACAAUUUUACAAAUCAUUGGGCUUUUCCGACCUUGAAGCAGACUUCGUCAAAGAUCAGCUCAAGGAACACGAUGAGUCGACAAAUAUAGGAGAUUGUCGAGCCGAUAUUUUCGACUUAACUCCAAAGGUCUAUAUGAAGUAUUGUCCCAAAGUAGACUUUAAGAAAUUUAUGCAAAUGCAUGGUUACAUCAGUCGCAUACACUAUGCCCAGGAGAAGAAAAAUUUACCAGCCUAUUUCUUUAACUCUUACGACUUGGAAUAUCCGGUGGGCGAAGCUGUCAUCUUAUCUGCCUGUACUCCCAAACACUUGCAGGCUAUCGGUUUAGCCAACGACUUUACAUUUACCGAUAAAACACUUAUGAAUCGUCUUUUCCGAAUGGGUAUCCAUACAAUAUUGAAUGUUCCUCAGUUCUUUGUGCACAGUAAAGUGGUACACGAUCUAUUGAAUAAUACAGUGGAUAUGGAAGGAGCCAACAAGCACUAUUGGAAACUGAUGCAACAUUAUGUGGGCACUGAGCCGCCAUCGGAUCGCGAAGAAGGUUCCAUAGAUUUUCCUUAUAAGUUUUAUAUGGAUUUGGAGCAAAAUUACCAGACCAAAAAAUUCGUCUCUGAAAUUUUGGGUUAUCAAUUCUACAGAGCUUUCUGCCAGAAAGCAGGUCAAACGGGUCAGUUGCACAAUUGUGAUUUCUACAAAAAUCAUGCGGUGGGCAAUGAUUUGAAAUCCAUGAUGUCUUUAGGCUCUUCAAAAUCCUGGCAUGAAGUUAUUUCCAAAGUUUUGGACAAACCCGAUAUCAGUGGUGAUGCCUUAUUGGAAUAUUAUGCACCGAUUAUUGGUUGGGUUAAAUCAUUGAAUAGACAAAAUAAGCUCAAAAUUGGCUGGAAUGACAGUAAAAAGAAGGUUCUUUAGAUGUUUUCUACAACUAUAUUGUCUAUUUUAUUAUAAUGGUAAUUUGCUUGCAAAUAAAAUAAAAUUGUUAAAAUA